UACUAGUUAAUGCAUGGGCUUACAUAUAUAAGAAAACCCUGAGAGCCUCAUCAAGUACCAUAACAAAACCAUAACCAUGAGAUCAUUAACUUAUAAUUAUGCUAGAAUUUUCACUCUAGCUUGCCUCAUCUUGUAUCCUCUGCUAGUUUCAUCACCAAACAGAAACGUUGCUUAUGCUUCUUCUGCUAGAAUUUCUACUGAAGCCGAGGCUCUUCUCAAAUGGAAAGCCAGCUUUCGUUCCCAAACCCAGAAUAAUCUUACCUCGUGGACUUACUUUCCAAAAUUCAGUGCCUCUAGUCCAUGCAAUGUUUGGGUUGGUAUUUCAUGCAACACUGCUGGAAGUGUCAACAAGAUAAAUCUCACCAAUUCUGGUAUUCAAGGUACGCUGCAUGAAUUUUCAUUCCUAGCUUUCCCUAAUCUUGAAUAUGUUGACCUCAGCUUGAAUAAAAUCUUCGAUGUCAUCCCACCUCAGAUCAGUUCCCUCUCCAAACUUAUUUAUCUUGAUCUAUCUUAUAAUCAAUUGUCUGGGAAAAUCCCACCAGAAAUUGGUCUUCUAACAAAUCUCAAGGUCCUGCACCUUAUGGGGAACGAGUUAAAUGGCUCAAUUCCUCAAGAAAUAGGUGACCUUAAGUUUCUCUCCGAUCUUGCGCUAUACACCAACAAUCUCGAUGGUUCAAUUCCUACUUCUCUGGGUAAUUUGAGCAACCUGGUUUUUCUUUAUCUCUAUGAAAACCAACUUUCUGGUCCCAUUCCUCCAGAAAUGGAAAACCUUCAUAAUUUGGUUGAGCUCUAUAUCGAUACCAACCACUUAACAGGUCCCAUCCCUCCAAAUUUUGGAAAUUUCCAAGAGCUCACUGUGAUGGCAUUGUGGAACAAUAAUCUUUCUGGUUCUAUCCCUUCAGAACUAGGAAAUCUGAAGUCUUUGAUUAAACUAUACAUUGACAGGAACAAUUAUUCUGGUUCAAUCCCGGCAUCCUUAGGUGACUUGACAAACCUUACACAUCUCUGUCUAUCUGAAAAUAAAUUUUCUGGAGCCAUUCCGAAAGAGCUGGGGAGCUUGAAAUCUCUAGUACAUCUAGAGUUGCACGUGAAUCAACUCAAUGGUUCCAUUCCAACUUCAAUAGGGAACUUGAGAAACUUAGAAAUCUUAUACCUCCGUGACAACCAACUUUCAGGCUCCAUCCCCAAAGAGAUGGAGAAUCUCAUGAAGUUGACUGUACUGGAGUUGGAUAGUAACCAAUUCUUUGGUAACCUGCCCCAAAAUAUUUGCCGAGGUGGAUCACUAGAAAACUUCACAGCAAACGACAACUAUUUGACAGGUCCAAUCCCCAAAAGCUUGAAAACUUGCAAGAGCUUAUUCAGACUCCGUCUCGAAUGGAACCAACUCACAGGCAAUAUAUCUGAAGACUUUGGUGUCUACCCUCGUCUUCAAUUUAUAGACCUAAGCCACAAUAACUUCUAUGGUGAAGUCUCACACACUUGGGGACAAUGUCCAAAUUUAGCAACCCUUCGAAUUGCGGGAAACAACCUUACUGGUACCAUACCACCUGAGAUUAGCAAUGCAUCUCAAAUUCAUGAACUCAAUCUUUCUUCAAACAGGUUAGUCGGUGCGAUUCCAAAGGAGUUUGGGAGAAUGACUUCUUUGGUGAAGCUGGUGUUGAAUGACAAUCAACUGUGGGGUCAUAUACCCUUAGAGUUUGGAUCAUUGAAUAAUCUUGAAUACCUCGACCUGUCCACUAACAAAUUCAAUGAGUCAAUUCCAAGCAGCAUAUGUAACUUAUUCAGAUUAAACUACUUGAAUUUGAGCAACAACAAGUUGAGUCAUGAGAUUCCGUUUCAGUCGGGGAAGUUAGUUCACCUGUCUCAACUAGAUUUGAGUUACAACUUACUUGAGAAUAAGAUACCAUCAGAACUGAGCUAUAUGCAAAGCCUGGAGACACUGAAUCUUUCUCACAAUUAUCUUUCUGGUCUCAUUCCAACAACUUUUGAUGAAAUGCCUGGCUUGUUGUACGUUGACUUAUCUUACAAUCAGUUGCAGGGUCCCAUUCCAAACAACAAAGCAUUUCAAGAUGCUACCUUGGAUGGGAAUGAAGGAUUGUGUAGCAAUGUUGUUAGAGGACUUCAGCCCUGUAAGAAUAUCUCAAAAUCAAGUCGAAAAUCUGUGUUCAUAAUCACUUUCGUUUCCUCGGGGGCUCUUUCACUUGCUCUCCUUGGAAUUGUAAUGAUUAUUAGAUCAAGAAAGAAGAAAGAGCAUCAACCAAUACAGCACGAUAUGAAGGAUGGAGAGAUUUUUUCUGUACUUAAUUUUGAUGGAAGAAAGAUGUAUGAAGAAAUCAUAAAAGCAACCAAUGGUUUUGACUCCAUGUACUGCAUUGGUAAAGGAGGAUCUGGAAGUGUCUAUAAGGCCAUGCUAUCCUCAGGUGAUAUAGUUGCAGUAAAGAAGCUCCAUGCAAUACUUGAUGGUGAUGGCGAGGAUGUGGAGACGUCCCGAAAGGACUUCCUCAAUGAAGUCAGGGCACUUGUGGAGAUACGACACCGAAACAUUGUGAAACUUCUUGGUUAUUGUUCAUAUCCAAAUCACUUGUUUUUAAUUUAUGAGUAUCUAGGGAAAGGUAGCUUGUCUUCACUCUUGAGCAACGUACAUGAGGCUAAAAAUUUCGACUGGAGUUCUAGGGUGAGAAUUGUAAAAGGUGUAGCUCAUGCAUUGUCUUAUAUGCAUCAUGAUUGCAAGCCACCGAUUGUACAUCGAGACAUAUCAAGCAACAACAUUUUGCUCAAUGACGAAUACGAGCCUUGUGUUUCGGACUUUGGGACUGCUAAGCUUCUAAAUCCAAACUCAUCUAAUUGGACGUCCCAUGCAGGCACAUAUGGAUAUGUAGCACCAGAGCUUGCUUACACAACGAAGGUAACUGAGAAAUCUGAUGUUUAUAGCUUUGGAGUGCUGACCCUAGAAGUGCUAAUGGGAAAGCAGGCAGGUGAUUUCAUAUCCUCGCUUUCUCAAUCGUCUGACAGCGCAAACAUAUUGCUGAAAGAUGUCUUGGAUCAACGCCUUCCACAUCCGUCACCUCAAGUCGAAGAUGAACUGAUAACCAUUGCAGGGCUAGCAAUUGAAUGCAGACAUUCCCAUCCACAAUCUAGGCCAACAAUGCAAAAGGUUUCUCAGGUCCUAUCACGCCGACAUGCACAUACCUAUGGACAGCCAGAGAUUACAUUUGCACAACUCAUUAAUUAAGAUCUGAAAUUGUGUCGAUCACCUAGCGAUGAGUAUGCACAAAAUAGAUGCUACAGCUAUUAUUUGAACAUUUUCAUGUAGUGACUACUUUGAGUAUUCCAUUUGGACCAUUUCAUGUCAACUAUCACAUGUAAUGAGCCCCUGAUUUGGGAGAACAACUCAUACAACUUUUUUUUUGGUC